UGUGCAAAAUCAUUUCCGCCAUUUUUGUAAGCUUGGGUAGACAUUUUUGCAAAUAGUAAACAAAAGAAUUGUCACCUUUAUAAGAACAUUUUGUUAAGUUUUUUUACGAAGAAAUAUGAGUGAGCUUGAUCCUACUAAGCUGGACAAGCUCAAGGUUGCUGAACUGCAAGAAGAGUUGAAAUCCAGAGGUUUGGAAACGAAAGGGAAAAAAGCGGUUCUCAUCUCGAGGUUGAAGAAAGCGUUACGCGCCGAUGACUCACAGAAUGACGCAGAUCUGAACACAACAAAUGAGGAAGGGGACACUUCACAGAGUCUUGAUGAGAGCUCACAGGAUGCAACUGAGGUUGAGAGCGAAGCAGAACCUGAAGCAGAGCAAGAACUAGCAAUAUCUCCACAAACGAAGGCACCGCAACCUGAUGUUGAGGAGGCAGUUGCUGUGCCAGAUGAAGAGCUGCCAACAUCUCCUCUAAAGAAUUCACCAGAAAAAAAUUCUCCAGCAAAGAAAACUCCAGAAAAGGCACCAGAACCUGAAGUCAAAGAGGCAUUUGCUGAGCCAGAGCAAGAGUUGCCAGCAUCUCCACUUGAGAAGUCACCAGUGAAAAGUUCCCCAACAAAGAAAACUCCUGAAGUGGCACCAGAGCCUGAAGUCAAAAAAGCAGUUGAUGAGCUAGCUGAAGAGAAACCUCUUUCAGAACAAGUUCCUGAACCAACCCACGUAGCAGAAGAGGUGACACCAGAGGAAGAGCCUAAAAUGGAGGAAACCGAGACAGCUGCACAUGCAGAACCUGAGCAAAAUCCAGAAGUUGAUGAGGCUGACAAGGCUGAGGCUAAAGGUGAUGAGCAGCCUGAGGAGAUGGAGACAGAGCAGGGUGGUGCAGGAGAGACUGCUGUUGAGGCAGAAGUGAAGCAGGAGCCAGAGUCUGAGAAUGCUGCUAUGGAACAGCAGGAGGCAGCACAACAGGAAAAGGAGAUGAAUGGUGAUAAAAUGGAUGAAGAUGUGAAAGCAGAUGUUAAAAAAGAGAAAGAGGAACAUAAAGAUCGUGGAGAGAAGCGAAGAAGGUCACGAUCCAGGUCACCUCGCCGGGAAAGCCACAAGUCUGGUGAUCGGGACAGCCGGGACCAGGCCAGGGAUGAAAGGAGGAAACGCUUCAGAGCUAAAUCUCCUGUUGAACCAGAAACUGAUGAAUGGAAAGAGUUGACAAAUGUCAUUUUAGACAAAUUCAACAGUGACCUGUACUUGAAGAUCAGUAAGGAUGGCCUUUCUGGAAAGCCGUCUACAGAUGAUGGGUUUGCCAUGAUGUGGGCAGGGGCACGGGGUUCAUAUGGAGCCCUUGAUGGCAAGAUCGCCUUUCAAGUCAAGCUGAUGGAGAACCUGGAAGUUGAGCAGCUUGGAGAAGAGGAAACAAACCCCCAUGUUCUGAGAGUGGGCUGGUCGACAGAUGACAACAACCUACUGCUAGGAGAGGAAGAAUUGUCAUUUGGCUAUGGAGGCACAGCCAAGGCUUCAACCAACCUGAAAUUCUCUGACUACGGGGAGAAAUUUACAGCUGGGGAUGUCAUGACAGCAUACAUUGAUCUGGACAGUGAUCCGUGUGUGAUCUCCUUUGACAAGAAUGGCACAGACCUUGGCACAUGUUUUGAGUUUGAGAAGGCCAAGCUGGGAGAUAAGGCAAUGUUUCCCCACAUUCUCACAAAGAACACCACAUUCGAGUGUGAUUUUGGACAAAAGGAGGAGGCCUUCUUCCCUCUAAAGGAGGGUUAUGUGUUCAUCAACAGUGUGGCCCCAGAGGAUAGGGUGAAGGGCGCACAGCAACCAGAGAAAAAAGAGGACUGUGAGAUGAUCAUGAUGGUUGGUCUGCCAGCGGCCGGGAAGACAACAUGGGCAGACAAGUACAACGAGGAGCAUCCCGAGGCCAAGUUUAUCGUCCUCGGCACAAACAGCAUCAUUGAAAAGAUGAAGGUGAUGGGUUUACCUAGGAAGCGCAACUAUGCAGGCAGGUGGGAUGUACUGAUUGACAAGGCAACGAAGUGUCUCAACAGGAUGCUGGAGAUCGCCAGCAAACGCAAAAGAAACUACAUCCUCGAUCAGACCAAUGUGUAUGCCUCUGCUAGACGGCGUAAAAUGCAGCCAUUUGAAGGCUUCUCUCGGAGAGCAGUAGUCGUGGUCCCUACUGAUGAAGAUUACAAAACAAGAUUAGAGAGUCAACAAAAAGUGGAGGGGAAAGAAGUCCCUGAGAGUGCCAUUUAUGAGAUGAAAGCAAACUUCACAGUGCCUGAUGUUGGCAUGCUGUUUGACGAGGUAGACUUCACAGAAUUACAGCGCUCCGAUGCUGAGGAUCUUGUGGAGAAAUAUCGGGAGGAGGGACAGAAGAACUUACCCCCACCCCCUCCCCAGUCAGUCCCAGAAAGGAGAUCCAAUGAUGGGUACGAGAGGAGGAGCGGGAGUAGAGGAAGAGACACUAGAGGAGGAGGAAGUAGGUGGAGUGACCGAGGCGAUGACAGGCGCGGUGGCGGUGGUGGCAGGUGGGGCGGCAGUGGUGGAGGAGGAGGAGGCAAAUGGGGUGGUGGUGGUGGUGGAGGACGUGAUGGUGGCCGUUUUGGUGGCGGUGGUGGUGGACGCCAGGGAGGUGGAGGAGGACGUUAUGGAGGUGGUGGUGGUGGUGGUAAUGAUCGGUGGGGAGGUGGUGGCGGAGGUGGAGGUGGUGGUGGAAGAUGGGGCGGCGGAGGAGGUGGAGGUGGCCGGAAUGAUCGAGGCAAUGAUAGAAGCAGGAAUGACAAAUGGGGUGGCAGCAGCAGUGGUGCUGGUGGUGGUGCUGGUGGGGGCCGCUAUGACCGUGCUAGUAGCAGAGGCAGUUAUGGAAAUAAUAGAAAGGAUGGAGGUGGAAGUGGUAAGAGCUGGGGUGGCAGUGGUGGUGACAAGUGGGGAAGUGGUGGUAGUGGCGGGGGCUACAAGCAAGGCAGUAGCAACCAGGGCAAUAUGCAGAGCUACCAGACCUCCAGUAACUAUGGCAACCAGGGCUGGGGUCAGCAGGGGAACCAGCAACAGUGGGGCCAACAGGGUCAGCAGGCCUGGGGGCAGCAGCAGCCUGCAGCACAGAACUGGGGAACCUACACUGGACAGCAGUGGUCCGGCUAUGGUCAGCAAGCACAGCCAGCUGCCCAGCAGGGAGCCACAGCCACAGCAGCAGCAGCAACAGGCACAACCCCACAGUCACAGCAGGCGAUGACCGCAGCAUGGGGGGCAUACAACCAGAACCAAUGGGCUAACUGGAACCAGCAGUAUGCUAAUUGGUAUGGACAGUCGGCAGCUGGGCAAUACCCACAACAGGGAGGACAGGCAGGAACCGGAGGACAGACGGGAACUGGCAAAUAGGGACAACAGGGUCCAUUUUUAUUACUCGCUGUACAGGGCAUUGGCAAGUCCACAUCAAGAAUCCUGCCAUUCUUGGGCUUGGCCAUAGGCAAACCUAUCACACUUGAGGGAAAAAUGUAAGACAGAAGUGAAUUUUUAAAAAGUUUGUUCUUACAAUCAAAAAACUGGUCACAAGUGCAAAGGUCGAAGAAAAAUUGGGCGGAAAUAAGUGUUUUACAAUUAUGUUUACAUACAAUUUGUUUUUCAAAAAGUGCAUGAAUAUUGAAAGCAGAAAAAAUUGUUAUCAUUCAUGAUCUGUACAUAGCAUCAUUAAUAUGUGAAUUUCGUUGAUUAUGCUGUAUUGUUUUUUCCUUCAUUCAUUCAUUAUAAAUAUGUCUAAAAUGGAAGUGUUCAUUCAAUAUUCUAUAAUUUUUAUAAAUUUGUCGAUAAGAUUUUUUUGUCAGAAAUUUCUAAAACAUUGUACAUCUUUUGUAAUAUAUAUGAAUGGAAUUAAAAAUGUCUGUAAAAAAGA